CCACUCACCGCCUGCCUGUAGCGCUCCUCGCUAACGCUCUCGUUUCCGCCGCAGCUCGUCGUCUCGCCGCGCGUGCGUGACCCUCACUCAAGAUAGCAAGACACUACAUCUUUGCUCUCACCGAGAGUGCUCGCCGUUUCCAAAACACUGUUCCUGACUUCUACCAGCCAAGUGUAUCGCAUGCUGAGGAUCGACAGUCCAACCCUCUCUGCCCCUACGUCCUGUUGGUGUUGGUGUGCCCUGUCGGGAGGCCGUAGUUAUCAACGAGAGGCAACGUGACACGUGUACAGGAUGGGACCUGUCGCUACAUACCUAGCUUAUCUCCUUGUCAUCAUCAUCUUCUUCUGCACCUUCUGUGUUUCCAUCGCUUUCAUCAGCUAUAUUUUAUCGACUGCUGCUGGAGUAAUGAAGUAUUUAUUUCUUCUGAUUUUUGGAAAAAGAGGGAGUAAAAGGACAACAGAUGAUGACUUUAACAGAAGAACACCCAGGUCAUUCUCUCAGCAUUCAAUUGGCAGCGAGGACCGAGAGGACGAGAAAAAGGACCAAAAAAAUUUUAGAGCGCCUCGCAUGGUUCUCAAAGGGAUUCAGUUCCAGUCCAUCGGUUCCCCUAAUUAUGACAUGAUCUCUUUUGGAGGUCCUAGUGAAAACACAUUGAAGACCGCUACUGACAACGACGGUCGUCAAGUCAGAGGACAGCAGCGACCACUUGUCUACGCACCAUUGCCUUCCCCUCCCAGACCACCCACGGCUUGAAAGAUUGUCUUGUGUGCUGUCGGUCAAGCAUAAAAUCAAGAUAACAUUCAUAGUUCUUCUUUUAUUUAAAUUGAAAACCUGUGUGACCCAUCUUGCACUACUUACAGGCUACACUGUACACAGGGUAUGUGUAUGUUCAGGAUACUUAUGUUAAAAUAACUUCUAUCCCAGCUUAACAUCUUGUGCAAUAAGAAGUGAUCUUUCCCUCACACGGGAAAUCAUUAUGUAUUCAGGGCUUUUUAUGUUCUGCUUUCAGACAUGUUUGAAAUGAAAUAAAGUGUCUGACUAUU